UUCCAUGAUUAGUUUCCAUUCGCCAUUCAAAGCAUUCAGACAUCACUGUCACUGUGUCGGUUUCAAUCUUCCAUAUGAAUAAAAUGUCAACUUUAAUCAGAAAAUUGGUGAGCACUGCAAACGCUGCUAAGCCGGUAGCGCCAUACAAUCAAGCUGUUGUUGCCGAUCGUACAGUUUAUGUGUCUGGAUGUUUGGGUUUAGAUAAAGACACAAUGAAAUUGGUCGAUGGAGUUGCAGCUCAGACCAGCAUGGCUUUGAAGAACAUGGAAGCUACUCUCAAGGCAGCUGAUUCUGGAAUGGAUAGAAUCGUUAAGAAUACCAUUUUCCUUAAAGAUCUUGAAGAUUUUGGAACUGUCAAUGAGGUUUACAAAACAAUUUUCACGAAGGAAUUUCCAGCUCGCUCUUGUUUCCAAGUCGCUCGUUUGCCAAUGGACGCUUUGGUCGAGAUUGAAUGUGUUGCAAUGACUGGUGACGUAAAGACUGUAUCGUGACUAGAUGAUCAUGAAGGAGUUAUUUCAAGACUUUAAAAUGGUUUUGGAAGCUUUUAAUGUUAUUGUUUUAAAUAAAUAAAUAAUUAAAAAUUAAAAGAAA